AUGGUCCAUUACGACAUCACCCCUUCCAAGCAGGCCAGCCUCCCGCGCUACCUUUACCACCAAGCCACCUUCAGACCAGCCCCAGUUCACAGCGUCAACCUCGCCGGCCAAACUGCCAUCGACGAAGCCAAAGGCGCCGCUGCUGUACAAAAGCUUGCUCUCAAGCCUGAUGGAACCAAACGUGAAUCUGGCGCCACUGUCGAAGUCUGGGAGCUUGACCUUUUCGAUUAUGGCUCUGUUCUGUCGUUUGCAAAGCGAGCAAAAGAGACGCUGGAGAGACUCGACAUCAUUAUGCUGAACGCCGCGAUGGGGGUCCCGUCCAAGCGUGCUUUCCACCCAGAAACGAGACACGAUGAGACACUUCAGGUGAACUACCUUUCCACUGCGCUACUGGCUACCCUGUUGCUCCCAGUGGUCAAACAGACAAGAGCGCAUCAACCCGUUCCGACCCGCAUCAGCUUGGGCAAAGUUCCCACUUGGCAAAAAGAUCACCAUUCUUGA